UCACUCCUCUCAUCUUCCUUCUCAUUCUCUCUCUACUCUUCCAUUUGCUCGGUGGUCCCUUUCCGGCCGUAGACAGUUCUAAGAUAAACGUCGUACGAAAAAGAAAAUGGAUCGGACCAAUGUCUGCGCUCUGAUCUUCAUCUGCAUUGCCGUGGUCGGCGUCGGAGGUCAAGCGCCGGCAGCAGCGCCCACUACCACACCGGCGCCACCUACUCCGGUGGCACCAGUUUCAGCACCACCCGCUGCUGCAACUGCGCCGACCACACCCAAAACCCCAGCUCCAGUGGCAACCACACCAACAGCGGCACCACCGACAGUAGUUGCAUCUCCGCCAGUGCAAGCACCCACGGCAGCUCCACCAACACCGGUUGUCACACCUGCUUCGCCACCACCGGCUGUGACCCCACCUCCAACUCCAGUUCCGGUGAGCUCUCCUCCACCUGCAUUACCUCCUCCAGUCCCAGCCCCAACCACCCCUCCUGCAGCUCCUCCACCAGCAGUUCCCCCACCUGCACCCUUGGCAGCACCACCUGCCCUAGUACCAGCACCGGCACCGAGCAAGAAGAAGAAGAAGAAAGCGAAACACGCACCGGCCCCCUCGCCCAUUGCCUUGAGCCCUCCUGCGCCACCCACCUCGGCACCUACUCCCAGUACUGACAGUAUCUCCCCUGGACCAGCUGCGGACGUGAACUCGAAUGGAGUAGAGAAGAUGUUGGGCUUGCAGAAUCUGUUGAUUUUGGGAGGAGCUCUCCUCUGUACCCUGCUUUUCUAGGAGAGACCAGGAACAGGAGCAGAGGAGCAGAGGAGCAGAUCAGCUCAGAUCUUCUUCUUCACUCAGGAUUCACUUUUGUUCUAUUAUUUUUGGGGAGGUUUGAUUUACUCCUCUCUGUUCUAGUGUUCCUCCUUAUCAUUCAUGAUGACUUGUUAUUUUUACGGACUAUUAUUUUGUUUCUCACUCUGAGGAGGUAUUUUAAUACAUUGGUGGAUCUUUACACAUUCA